UCUCUCCGGUAAACGGACCUUUCAAGCUGCUGCUCCGGCCGGACGGAUGAGGAUGACUGGAGGACGGUGGCCGGUGGUCCGCGCGUAACGGAGGCAGAGAGAAGCUGCCGCUUUUCCACACCGGUUGGUAAAAGUAUAACCAAACAAUUCGGCGACGGCGGAACAGCCAAUGAACAUAAAUGGUGCGUCGUGACGCAACAGGGCCCCGUUGAUAAGGAGCGGAGAGUCCAACCGGGACUUGAGAAGGAGGGACGGCGGUUUUGGGGGCCAGCAAACACUCGCCUAUCAUCAGUCAAAGUAAAGGCAACUCCUCCUCCUCUGCUGUUACGGACGUGUAUGCGGCCUCCCUGACAAAAGACUAAACAUUCAUGUAGCAGACUACUGUCAAGGAAAAGCGCUUCUCCCGGACCAGCGGCCGGAUUUUAUGAAGCAAAGGCUGUGUGUUUUUCCUUUUUUCUCUGCAAAGCUAAAGUAGUUUGAGCGGCAUUAAUCAGCAUCUACUUGGACUGUUGAACCCGGAGGAGGGAGCAAGCCUGGUCAGCUGUUUUUUUGGGGAAAUAUCCUUUUUUGUUGUUGCAUUAAAGAGCCGCUGUCCAGCUCUGACAGUGCCACUUAUACAGAGUUACUUUAUUGUCUUGCAAGAGGACAAGGACGAGAGACAUUGCCGGUGCCUUGCAGACUGUCGACAGCCUGAAAUAUUACUCCCGGCGAGGAGCAGUCAUCGGUGCAGAGAGCCAUGCAGCAGGGGCUUCCAUAGUUGGUAUGUUUAUUCCACGUAAAUGGAAAAGAAAAUAUAGAGAGAGCAGGUGCUAACGAACAAUAAAAUCACAGCUGAGAGAAAACAGAUUCCAGUAAGAGAAGCGGCAUCUGUGCGGUUAUUUAUGAAUUAAUCAUAGCUUAUUAAUAAUGAGAGCCGCACAGAUUCGGAUGACGGUUACCAUUGGCAGAUGAGACGUAGUGGGGAGAACACGUGUCCAAUUUUUCCCUCAUAUUUUUUCCUGCCUGAUCUGGAUUUCUCACUUGUCACGGCGAGAGGAAAAGCAGAAAAAAGCCCGAUUUCUGAGUGGCAGUGUGUGCGCAGGGUUUCGCCUCUGAUGGACAUCCUAGCUUGCAGAUCCGAAGAGAACAGUUAUAACAUCCUCCCCUCUGCGGCGACGAUGCUUUUCCAUGGCCUCCCUGGAGGCGACGUGCACGGUGUGGUGGAAGAAAUGGACCGGAGAGGAAAGAGCGAGUCAGCAGCCAUCAGCUCAGCCAUCGAUAUGGGGGAAUCAGAGACGUCCAUGCCGUGCAUGAACAGCGAGCGCGUGGCUCUGUGCGCGGGCUGCGGCAGGAAGAUCGCGGACCGCUACUACCUGCUGGCUGUGGACAAACAGUGGCACAUGCGCUGCCUCAAGUGCUGCGAGUGCAAACUCAACCUGGAGUCCGAGCUCACCUGCUUCAGCAAGGACGGCAGCAUCUACUGCAAGGAGGACUACUAUAGAUUUUCGGUGCAGAGGUGCGCUCGGUGCCACCUGGGGAUCUCAGCCUCGGAGAUGGUGAUGCGGGCCCGGGACUUGGUCUACCACCUCAACUGCUUCACGUGCACCACGUGCAGCAAGAUGCUCACCACCGGGGACCACUUUGGCAUGAAGGACAGUCUGGUGUACUGUCGGCUGCACUUUGAGACUCUCAUCCAGGGAGAAUAUCAGACACAUUUUAACCACGCGGACGUUGUCCCGCACAAAGGCCUGGGCCCGGCCAACACGCUCGGACUAUCCUACUUCAACGGCGUGGGGACAGUGCAGAAAGGCCGGCCCAGGAAGAGGAAGAGCCCCGGGCCCGGCACCGAGCUGGCUGCUUAUAACGCAGCGCUGAGCUGUAACGAGAAUGAUGGCGAGUCCAUGGACCGGGACUCCCAGUACAGCUCCAGUCAGAAGACCAAGCGUAUGCGAACAUCCUUCAAGCACCACCAGCUGAGGACCAUGAAGUCCUAUUUCGCCAUCAACCACAACCCUGACGCCAAGGACCUCAAGCAGCUCGCCCAGAAGACCGGCCUCACCAAGCGGGUCCUCCAGGUCUGGUUCCAAAAUGCUCGGGCUAAAUUCAGGAGGAACCUGCUGCGGCAGGAAAGCACCGGGGUGGACAAGGCAUCUGACGGCUCCACGCUGCAGGGUGGGACACCGUCGGGCCCAGUCUCUGAUAUCUCCAAUGCCUCCAUGAGCCCCUCCAGCACCCCCACUACCCUGACAGACUUGACCAACCCCACCAUGCCCACCGUCACCUCCGUGCUCACCUCAGUGCCGGGCGGCAUGGAUGGCCACGAAUGCCGGAGCCCAUCACAGACCACCCUGACCAGCCUCUUCUGAUGGACAGAGCCCUUCACCACAGCCUCACCCCUCCCCACUGCCCCUCACCUCUGCUCCUGCCUCCUGGAUAUAAAACUGAGCACUGUCGACUCCUUCAAACUUUAUACGGAUUAGAAAAGAGAAGGUAACGGAAAAAAAAAGAUUUAAUUUUGCUCUGAGCCCAUUAGAGACUAUUUGCAUAGUGAGGCAGGCAAGCCUUACAAAUGGAACAGUUGUUGUUAUUUUGAUGUUGUUGUCUUGUCGAGAACUGAGACUUGAUUUGCAUUUUUCAAUGUUUACAGAAAGAGACUGCGGGGAAAAAAACUGCUUAAUUUUGGGAAAUUCAUUUUUUCCAGCACAGUAUUUAUGUUGUUGUACAAGAGUCACUGUUAGAAGGAUUGUAAAAAAAUCUUUUUUUUGAAAAUCUGAGAUUAAACACAGGUUACGAUAUCCUCUGACUGCCA